AACGUCUCCGUGAUAGUGGAGCGCACUGGUUUCCACGCGUCCACCUUCCCAACCUAACGUCAAACGGCUGAACUACGUCAUGAUGAACUUUAGCACAAACGCCCUUGGCGGCAGUCACGCGAGCAAAGAAAACAUUCCAGCGUCGAGCAAAAUCGACGCGCCGCCGCAGGUCCAGCGAGCCAAGCAGCGGAGGGUCCUCGGCGUGUUGUCAGAGAAUGAGCAGCACGGGCGAUCAUCGCUCAGCCAGGGAAGCCACUUUUCCAAACCCAGUUCACUCUCAGACAGCUCCCAGCUCGCCUUCCUCGGCUGCUCCUCCACUUCCAACUACGACGUGUACGUCGAGGAGGCUUCUGAAGUUGUUCUUGCGGCUUCUGGUCAAGAAGAGAUCUCAAACAGCUGCUAUCCAGAUGUCGACACCGCUGCACUGCAACAUGAAGACCUGAGACUCCUGCUGGAACUGAGUUCAAGUUCAUGCCAGGAUGCUUCUAUGCAAUCAGAUAAAUCCUUGAUGUCAGAGGAGGUGCUUUGUGUUUCAGAGUAUGCAGAGGACAUUCACCUGCACUUGAGGGAGAGUGAAAUGAGGACCAGGCCGAAGCCGGGCUACUUAGAAAGACACCCGGAGAUCACCAACGGCAUGCGGGUCAUCCUGGUGGACUGGCUGGUGGAGGUCGUCCAGGAGUACAAGCUUCGUUCUGAAACUCUGCAUCUGGCUGUCAACUAUUUGGACCGCUUCCUCUCCUGCACAGCCGGCGUGAAACGGGGCAAGCUGCAGCUGGUCGGCACAGCGGCGCUGAUGAUUGCUGCAAAAUAUGAGGAGAUCCUCCCUCCGGAGCUGAACGAGUACGUGUACACCACAGACAACACCUACACGAAGCAGCAACUGGUCCGGAUGGAGCAUGUUUUCCUGCGAGUGCUGGCUUUCAAGAUGGUGGCCCCCACCACAAACCAGUUCCUACGCCUUUUCAUGUCCAUCCACUCCGUCUGCGCCGACACGGAGAACCUGGCCCUUUAUGUAGCAGAGUUAAGCCUGCUGGAAAUCGAUCCAUUCCUACAGUACACCCCAUCCAUAGUGGCAGCUGGAGCCUACUGCCUAGCCACUUACAUUGUAAACAGAUCUUUCUGGCCUGAUUCCUUACAUGCCUUUACUGGAUAUCCCACGGCUACACUUGUGCCGUGUGUGACUGACCUCCACAAGCUGUACAUGAGUGCAGAGAAUCACCCACAACAGGCCAUCAGGGAAAAAUAUAAAAGUUCCAAGUAUUGUGGUGUGUCAUUGAUUACUGCACCUGCUGUUCUGCCUUUCUAUAAAUAACUGCGUCACCCUUCUUUGACACUUCCGACAGAACAGAAUUAGAUUGAGAACAAAACACCGCAGCCAAAUAUGACACAUUCAUUGUUUAUGCACCUGGAAUAAAUUAUGUUUAAUUAAAGCUAUUUCAAGACUGAAUCAUUUUAAUACUGCAGGUGUUUAUGCAAAUUGUUGUUAAAGCUGGUAAACUAUCAGUGGGAAUAUGUAUUUUGUUCAGAAUUACAGCAUAUUUCAUAUAUUUUAGCGUGAUUAAAAAAAGGAUUGGGAGAGAAUAGAUAGCUUUUCUCAGCUUGAUUUUUUAUAUAAUAUAUAUGUCACUAAAAUGCAAAGUGAGUAAAACAAAUUACUACA